AAAUAAAAAAUACUGUGCCAGUGUAUUUAUUACCAAGCCUAAAAUACAUAUAACAAAUAAUUUAAUAAACAAUUAGUGCUUUUGCGUGCUAAUUGAAUGCAACUAAUAAAAUUUAUUUCAAAAAAAUAAAUUACAACCAGCCCAGGCAGCCACCUCUCUUUUUGGAAUAUAAAUAUUUUGUUUACACGCUACGCUAAACUUUCAGUUGGCUUAUCGUCCCACAAACCCAGCAAACAAUUUUGCUGUUUGUUAGUGCCAGCAAGCAGUAACGUGCUUUUUUAAUUUAUUCGUUUUUUUGUUUACCUUUGUGUAAACGGCUUCACAGUGGCUCUUCACUCAACAGAAGCCUUAAUGGCUGCCGGUUUCUUAAAAUCGGGGGAUUUGGGACCCCACCCACACAGUUAUGGUGGUCCCCAUUCCCAUCAUGGACCACAUGGACCUUUGCCGCCUGGCAUGCCGAUGCCGUCAUUGGGACCCUUUGGUUUACCCCACGGCUUAGAGGCCGUUGGGUUCUCCCAAGGUAUGUGGGGUGUUAAUACCCGCAAACAGAGACGUGAACGCACCACAUUUACCCGAGCCCAGCUGGAUGUUUUGGAAGCCUUGUUUGGCAAGACACGUUAUCCCGAUAUAUUUAUGCGCGAAGAAGUGGCUUUAAAAAUCAAUCUGCCAGAAUCUAGAGUACAGGUCUGGUUUAAAAAUCGUCGCGCCAAAUGCCGCCAACAAUUGCAACAGCAACAACAGUCGAAUAGCUUAAGCAACUCGAAAUCGGUUAAUUCGGGUUCGGGUUCCGCCUCGUGUUCAUCCUCCUCCUCACGCAAUACAUCGAAUAAUGGCAGCAGCAAUUCCAGUUCAACGAAUUCUUCCAAAUCCAACAGUCAUCAUUCCUCGUCCGCCAACAACAAUAACAACCACAACAACAACAAUAAUAACAACAAAUCAAAUAACAAUUCAUCGAAUAAUAAUUCCUCCUCACAGAGCUCAUCGUCGGCCGCAGCGGCUGCAGCAGCCGUGGCACAAUCCAUGAAAUCACAUCACAGUUCCUUCCACAAUUCCUCCUCGUCCGCCUCCGCCGUUACACCCAGCAGCUCUUCAGCCGUCUCACAUUUACAUCACAUGGCCGGCAGCAGUGUGGCCUCGGGAUCGGGCGGUGGUCUCAAUACCUCGGGCGGUGCCAAUCAUCAGAAUUCUUCACCUUUAUUACCCACACCUGCCACCUCGGUCAGUCCGGUUAGUAUUGUGUGCAAAAAGGAGCACAUGGGUGGUUCCGGCUAUCCGGGCUCCAAUGUGGAUGCCUUGCGUGGCUCCUCUUAUGAUACACUCAAGGAAUCGGGUGGUGACAUCAGCUCCAGUUCACAUCAUCAUAGUAUUUAUGGCACGGCCGCUUCGGCGAAUCCCCGUCUUUUGCAACCCGGCGGCAAUAUAACGCCCAUGGAUUCCAACUCCAGCAUCACCACACCCUCACCUCCCAUUACACCCAUGUCACCACAGUCGGCGGCCGCAGCCCAUGCUGCCCAAUCCGCCCAAUCGGCUCAUCAUUCUGCCGCCCAUUCGGCCGCCUACAUGUCCAAUCAUGACUCUUACAACUUCUGGCAUAAUCAAUAUCAACAAUAUCCCAACAACUAUGCCCAGGCGCCGAGCUAUUACUCGCAAAUGGAAUAUUUCAGCAAUCAAAAUCAAGUCAACUAUAACAUGGGCCAUUCGGGCUAUUCGGCUGCCACCAAUUUCGGUCUCUCGCCCAGUCCCUCAUUCACGGGCACCGUUUCGGCUCAGGCUUUUUCGCAAAACAGUCUAGACUACAUGACGCCUCAGGACAAGUAUGUCAAUAUGGUGUAGAAUCUGCUGAUACAGUAUUGCGGCAGUAAAUCGGACGAUGAUUCAGCCAGUGGUUCAUAUGUCUCGACCAAAACGCCGUUUGAGUAUGCAUAAAUAAUGUAACAAAC